UCGGAAGAUAUCCUCGACGGGAUAUAAAAUCAAUGGUUUUAUCCAAGUGGCAUUAUAUCUGGAAGGAACUUCAUAUCGAAAAUGGGCUCUCCUUUUUGUGAUGACUGUUUUAAGGGUGUUAUCCACGAAGGUGAAUCCAAAGGACAAUGGGAGAGUAUCGGAGGUGUAAAUUCCUACGUCGGUACUCCUUCCAAGGACUACGACAAGACCAAAGCUGUCUUGUACCUCUCCGACGUCUUUGGUAUGCAGUUAAUCAACAACCAGCUCAUCGUGGAUUCUUUCGCGGAUAACGGGUUUUUGACUAUCGGGAUUGAUUACUUCAAUGGGGACCCUGUGGGUGAGAAUGCGUUGGGGGCCGGUAUAGUUUUCGAUCGAGAAGCCUGGUUGGCGAAACAUCGAUAUGAAGAAACACGUCCUUUUGUUGAUAAAGUAUACGAAGGAUUGAAAGAGAGGGGUGUUGCGGUUUUUGGGGCUGUCGGUUACUGCUUUGGAGCGUCGUAUGUCUUCCCUCUAGCUAUUGAGAAUAAGGUCAAAGCUGCUAUGAUCGCACAUCCAGCUCGAUCCAUUCCAGAAAGCCUACAGGACUACUUCAACUUCUCCAAAGCUCCUCUCCUAAUUAACUCUUGCGAAUUCGACCCUACCUUCCCCCUCGAAGCUUGUGCGAAGGCAGACGAUAUUUUGGGCGAAGGAAAAUUUGCUCCGGGUUAUAAACGGGUCCACUGGGAAGGAUGUAAGCAUGGGUUUGCUGUGAGAGGCGAUAUGAGUGAUCCGAAGGUAAAAGCAGGGAAGGAAGGCGCAUUCAAAGAGACGGUCGAAUGGUUUUCGAAGUAUUUAUAAAGGGACUUGAUUGUCCAUGUAUAUCGAAAUUCGUAUGUCACCGUGGACCAAAGGGGAAGCGAAGGAUGAAUUUGACACGACACCAGCUUUUAGGUACCAAUACGACGAGGCAACUCUAGGAGAAAAAUUCAUCAAACGUUUGAGGUAAGAAGAGAAUAGAUUCAUCUAUACAUGAUAUAUACUUCGGGUGCAUACAUAGUGAAGUUUGAGG